AUGGCAAGCUUCUUGGCCCCAUCAGCAACUCUUCCAAAGCUUCAUCGUGCUAGAUCUAUUCAUGUACGUACCCCAUGGAGUUCCAAAGUUUUUGUCUCUGUUAGACCAAAACAUGAAAGUUCAAAGGUUGCUGCUGCUGCAGCUGAUGGAGCUGCUCAAGUUGUGAAGAGAGCCACUGAGAAGGCUGCUGAAGAUGUCAAAGAUAAGGCUGUGUCUGCCGCCGACGAGGUGACUCAAAAAACAAAAGAAGUGGCAGGGAAGGUAUCUGAAACAGCACAAGAUUUGGCUGGGAAGGCAAAGCAAACAGUUCAAGAUGCAUGGGGAUCAGUGAAGGAUACAACACAAAACAUCAAAGAGAAAGUGGUUGGCAAAGCUGAAGAAUCCAAAGAAGCCAUUAAAGACACUGCAGACAAUCUCAAAAAGAAUAUCAAGACAAACUGUUGA